AUGAGGAAGUUAGAGGUCAAUGGGUUUCAUGUUCUUCCUUCACAGGUGAAAAGCUUAUAUAUCAUUGGACUCUCGCAGGUACAAUCUGUGAGUCUUAUAUUUGAAACUCAUCCUGACACUGCAAUAGAGUUCCGUGCAAAGAACCAGCACGUAAGGACAACAUUUAUGAACUUCCUGCUUAGCUUAAGGUGGAUUGGUUGGAGAAUAAGCUGGACCAACUAA